CUACUCAAGCCUCGACCACACCACCGUCCUUACUCGCUCAAACAGGAAGGAAAGGAAUCUAUAAAAGAACGCUUGUCGAGACCCAAAUCUCUCCCCAACUUCCCCACCAAACCUUUCCUCUACCUGGAUAUGUCUUCCUCUACACUCCUCCCUCUCCUCAACGGCACCACCCAUCUGUCUCCACUUGCCCUCCCAAUGCCGGAGCCAUUCUCCCAUCUCCCCAUGACCGACAUUCAUAACGCUCUCCCCUAUCCCUACGCCGACCCAUUCCCCGGAAACCGGCUCCCUCCCAUCCCAGUCUUUGACGACGCAGGCCGACCCAUUUCUAGACCCAGCAGCCCGCCAUACGAUCCGGAACAGGCAGCUAGGGAACACGAGGUCCAUCAUUCGACGCCCGUGUCCCCACCACGAACGGGAUCGCCAACGGACUGGGUAAACCAUGUCCGCGAAGCGGAAAGAGCAGGAGCUGCAACCCAUCCACCUUCUCCACUAACCAACAACUGGUGGAAUGGCGCCCGCGCUUCGGAACGAGUCUGGCCCCCUCUCCUCAACCCCUCACCCUCUCCUCCUCCUCUUAUCCUGCCGCCACCUGCCACCGACACACGACUUUGCUGGGAGUGCGAUCGCCCGGGACAUCUCAUCGCCAAUUGUCCUAUCACCCGUAUCCGCCGUCGCUCUGACAUCACAGCGCGUAACUUCAUACGCGACUACGAAGCCUACGGCGAAGUAGUCGAGCUCCUGUCGACGCAGCUGGAACAUGUCGCGGAAAACUAUGGGUACUACUGGCACAUUCGAGACCGGAUGAUCGACGACGCCAACUGGGAGGGACACCCGACACGUCAUGCCCCUGUCAUGGACCCACGCACUUUCAUGGCUCUCCCCAUCCGCGGUCCUGAUGUCGUCACGAGCCAACGACGAGUGUAA